UUAUGUUUAAUAUAAAUCUACCUAACAUUUAAACGAAAAAUUUUUCAUAUUAGAAUUUUAUUAGAAUGAAUUUUUUUUCGUUUAUUUUAAUAUUUAUUGUCGUUUUCGUUUUGCAACCAGAAAAAGGAGUUCAUUGUGAAAGUUAUAAUGCUAUGUAUAAAAAUUAUAUCGAAAGGGUGGUGAGUCACAUUUAUUCACAAAUUAUAUCGUAUCGAAAACAAGAUUCAAAUAAUACUAUGGAUAUAGACGAAGCUGUCCAACCAAAUUCUAAAAUGUUGAAUUUUAGACAAAAAUAUUCUUAUAUAAUAGGUAUAAUAAAUUUCAAGUACCUUGAAAUAUUAAGAAAAUUCCUUUAUUUAAUAAAACUUAUCCUCAAUAAAGGCCAGAAAUUUUAUGAAGAAAAUGUAUUGAAUAAUUUUAUUCUUUCUAUACAAAUUUUUGAAAGAUUUUUAAAAAAUUCCAAAACUAUGAUUGAAAAUCUAUACAAUGCUAUGAAGUUUUUAAGCUAUAUAGAUACAAGAUUUUUGUUUUCUGAAGGCUUCAUACCUCAUCCUAUAAUUGAUGCAAUCGACUUUAUACAUCAGUUCGUCUUAGAAAUAAGUUUGGAGACUAACUCUUUUGAUCUCAACAAAUCACCUUAUGAAAUCUCUGAAAAGAAAUUUGAGAAUUUGACAGUAUUUCAUACAGACGCAUCAAAGAGAGUAGAAUUUUAUUUUCAAAAUUGUUACUUUAUGGACAUUAUUCUAGCAAAAGAUUUAGAAAAUAUUAAAAUUACGGGAUUACCUCUAGACUUAAAUUCAAAAGUAUCAGAAUUACAUAAUGAGUUUUUCAACAAAAUUGUAGAAGUUUGGUACAAAAACUUAGGAUUUGAAGAAUUUCUGAACCCUAAAAAAGCAGAAUUCAUACCUCCAAUAGAUCCAGAUACAAUUCAAAAUGAUGGAAUUGAAGCUCUCAACAUUAUUCGUAAAGAAUCUGGUUGGGAAAAAAUGAACCACAUAAGUAUAGUUUAUUUUGGUAAACAAUUCUGUGUAGAUCAAAUAAUAAAUGAUGAAGUUAGUAUGAUAAAUUUUCGAAUAAAAAAAGAACAUGUAUCACAGUUAUUAAGAUGUAGAUUUACAGAAAUAAUGAAAAACUAUCGUACAUUAUUAUCUGCUAUGUUAAAUAUGUGUAAUAAAAAUGCAAUCAACUAUUACCAUAAUUGUUUGACUAAAUUAUUUAGCUCAUUCGUUAAAUCAAAAAAAAUGCUUGAAGAUUUACAUGAAGCUUUAGUUACUUUAAAUAAAUCAUCAAUAUGGAGUGUAAAUUAUAACUCAAAAUCAAGUCUACAUAAAGUUUUUGAAUGGAUUGCAGAAUUUCUCAGUUUGUUGGAGAAUAAUGAUUUUUCUCUAAAUAAUAUUGAUGAUAAUGAAAUGGAAGUGAUUGAAAAACUUCUAGUCAAUUUUAAAAACAAUCUUGCAUUUUUUAUUACUCAGUUAACAAGCGAAUUGAGUCAAUGUAAUUUUUGGUGUCAUAUAGAAGAUACAUUCAAAAAUGUUAAGUAUUAUACAAACUAUUUUAGAAAUCAAGGGAAUUUAUCAAUUAAUUCAAAUCCUGAGUUUUCAAUCCAAAUUAUGCUUAAUGCUUGCAAUUUUUUUGAAAGUUUUUGCGAAAGUGUUAGCAAAUCUUGUUAUGAAGAUCUAGGUUUUGAAAAACUUUCACACUGUAAAAACAAAGAAUUAGAUAGCAGACUUCUUUAGUUUAUGUCUAAUUCACUAAAAUCUCAACUUAUAUAUUAAUCUUUGAAUUAACAAUUGUUUAAAUCAAUAUACAGAGUGAUUUUCUUAUCAUAACUCAAUCACUUAAAGAAUAAAUAUAAUUUAAACAUUUUUAUUUUUGGUUAUCUUUAGUUACAUAUUUUCCUUGAAUUAUUUACGUUGUAAUACUUUUUAAGUUUAUCCUCAAGCCUUGUGUGGGUGUCAACUUUGUAUUUUUAAAUGGGAAAACAUGUUUUAAAUUUAAUAAAAUGUUUGAUUUUUCAAUUUAAUAAUAAAUGAUAUUUGAAUUUUUCAUAUAAUUUUUUUCGCUUAUUAGAUAUAAACUCUUAAAUUAUCAAAUUUUUGAGUUGAUAUUCAUGUAUAAUACACAAGGUUUACAAAUACAUGAAGGUAAUUGGUUUUUUUCUGUCACAGACAUGGAGUGUUUAUUGACAAUGUUUACUAUUAAUAGUUUAUAAAUAGUAUCUGUAUUACCAGUUAGUGUAUUUAUAAACUCACAACAAUGUACCUUACUAUCAUUGAUAAGAAAUGCCAAUAAUAAAAAUCCAAUUAGCUACCUAUAUUUGAAAUUCUUUGUGUAUUAUAUAUGUAUAUUAUCUCAAAAGUUUGAUCAUUUAAAUUUUUAUAUCUUAUAACCUAAUAAAGUUAUAUUAAAAUUUCAAAUAACAUUUACUAUUAAAUUAAAAACUGAAAUAUUUUAUUAAAUUCAAAAUAUAUGUUCCACAUUUAAAAAAAUAAAGUUGACAACCUUAUAAAGUAUAAGGAUGAACUUAGAAAGUUUUAAAUAAUUAAUAAUUUAAAAAUAAUGGGUAACUAAAGAUAACCAAAAAAAAUGUUUAAAUUACAUUUAUUAUGUUAGGAAUUGAAUGGGUUAUGAUAAAAAAGUCAUCCUUUAUAUAUUGUUUCCAGAAUAUUUUAUAAAUAUACCAUUUAUACUGUAUCAUUUUACUGAGCAAUAUAAUUUUUAAUAAUUAAGUUAACGUGUUUUAAUUAUUUAAUUAAUUAAUAAACUAUCUAAUAUUAUAAGUA